CAUUGCGCAGCACUAGCCAUUUUCGUUGUCCGUUAUGAGGACCGAUCAAGCACGACUGGCCCAAAGUGUUGGGGUGUGCCAUCCAAAAAACCGAGAAUAGACGACAAGAUGUCCAUCGAAGACCUUUUCGGUGUGAACAAGCACCCGUACGUUGGGGGUAAAAAGCCUGCCGCAUUAGAGCCCAAUUAUGUACUAACUCAUUUUCCAGACAUCGAAUGUGCUACAUCAAGGAUUCUUAGAGAAUGUGACGAAACUUCCGAGGAGAAUAUCUACAGAGAUAUUGUUGACAGUAUUGUCCAUGAAGUUGUUCUACGGGAGCAAAUAACUCUAUUAAAAUGCACUCUAAAAGAACCACAAAAAGUGUUUCACACAUUAACUGUAGAGUGCACUUACCCCAAAGUGCUCAUAAGAAAAAAAGAGCAUGAAGCACUAAUGGCCCAGCAAGAACUGGCUUAUUACAAUGCGAAAGUGCGGUGUGCUGACACACUCCAUCUCUGUGCGCUCACCAAGGGUCAGUCGCGGAACGUAAGGUGGGUGCUAGUUUCAUGGAUGCACUCAACUGUUCGAAUUAGGCAUGCAUAUUUCUAUUGCCAAAAUAAUAAUGCCACCUAUUUUACUAACAGGUGGCACCAAGAAAGGAGAGUGCACAUUACAUGCUCGCUCGCACACACGAUUCUUCGGUCCCGAAAGCCUCCCCAGGAAUUGGCAGAUGCACUCCUGCAUGCUCCACGAUUUUUUUCUACAGCCACAUCCUAUGGUAUGCGAUUCAGUGUUGUUGAUCACAAUAUUAAUGGGGGAAAAUCCUUUUCUUUUUUAGGUAUACAGAUGGAGCCAGUAGCUCGUAGAGAGUUCCAGGUAAAAAUGCGUGCAGAUGUAGUUGAGUACCGCAAUGGAAAGCUAGAGAUGGUGAAAGGACAUAAAUACUACACUCAGGUGCAGCUCCUAAUGUACAUAUGUGGCAUUGAAAAAUGUUUCUUUUUUGUGUACAGCUCAAAGGAAAGCAUUACUAUUCCUGUGCAAAAAUACAAAAGUUUUCUUUGUGCGGCUGUGCGUUACUUAGAAGAUUUUUAUUUUGCAUGGUUUUUGCCCGCGCUUGCUAAGCUGUGAAGCCUAUAUUGUUUCAAUUGAUAGAAUAAAUGUAAUCAAUCACUCCUCUGCAUAAGUUUGUUGUCUCGCACGGUAGCAUCAAAUGCACAC